AUGAAAAAAUACGACUGGGUAUCCACGAUCAAGCUAAAUCUAACACUAUUAAAAGCUAUGGGAUUGUGGCCCGAAGGACAAACAUACAAAUUCGACUUAUACUUACUCUACGGCUUUACCACCACCAUCAUGUUUGCCACCCUCCACUGCGUUUGUCGCACUUGGAAAUUACUAACGAAUUUAAAUGACCUGGACGUCGUAACAGGAACUGCAUUUUUAUCAAUUUCCGAAACUUUGGUUGUAGUGAAAAUGUUGUAUAUGGCUCGAAAUAUAGAAACGUUUAAAGAGCUUUUGGUGACGCUAAAUAGUGAUCUCUUUCAGCCUCGUGACGAAGAUCAAAUUGAGUUGGUCACUCCGAGCUUAAAUGUUUGGAAGUCUAUGCAUAAUUUGUUAGGGAUUAGUAUUGUAGUGGCGGUAACUUCAUAUGCAGUGGCACCACUGGUGACAGGUUCGGCGAAGAAGCAUAAUUUACCACUUCUGGCUUCGUAUCCCUAUGAUGCCACAAUCUCACCCUUUUUCGAGGUCACGUAUUUGCAUCAAGUUAUAACAAUUUAUAUCUACGGAUGUUGCAAUGCAAAUAUCGAUACUUUCGUGGCAGCUUUCAAUUUAUAUGCUGGGGCACAACUUGAUAUUUUGUGUGAUGAUUUGAGAUGA